AUGGCAAUGUUCAACCGAAUUGUGUAUAACAUUUUCUUUUUUCUACUUAUCGUUACAUUAUCUGCUGCAGACAAGAAGUUAGUUAAAAGCUUCAUAUGGGAUGAACGAGGUUACUUAAUUUAUUGUCCUUGUAUGGGUCGUUUUGGAAAUCAGGCAGAACAUUUUCUUGGAACUUUUGGAUUUGCCAAAGCAAUAAACCGAACCCUUAUUUUACCUCCAUGGAGGACAUAUAAAAACAUUCCAUUUGAUGAUUGGUUCCAAGUUGAACCACUUUCAACUUACCAUGCUGUGAUUCUUGCUGAAGACUUUAUGGCUUACCUGGCACCAACAUAUUGGCCUCCUGGGAACCGAACUGGCUGGUGCUAUCUGCCACCUAAUAACUCUGGAGAUUGUCGAAUGAAAGAAGGCAAUCCAUUUGGACAAUUCUGGGAUGGACUUAAUGUUGAUUUCAAUGCAAAUGAAAUUGUCUCCAUUUCAUAUAUGCAAACAAGUAAAUGGAAAGCAAUGUAUCCUCCUAACAAGUACCCAGUUAUUGCCAUGCGAGGUGCUCCUGCCAGUUUUCCAGUUGAGCAGAAAUAUGCCCUUUUGCACAAAUAUCUCUUAUGGUCAGAAUCAAUAGAGAGACAAGCAGAUCAAUAUAUUGAAGACAACUUUGAAGGCAAAGAGUUUGUUGGCAUUCACUUACGAAAUGGUGUAGAUUGGAUAAAUGCUUGUGCUUACCUUGACAAACAGAAUGUAGCAACUUAUAUGGCAUCACCACAAUGUCUUGGCUAUGAAAAAAAUACCUUUGUAACUAAAAAGAUGUGUUUACCGUCUGUAGAAGAAAUUCUCAGGCUGACAAAAAAUAUUGUUGUGCAGACACGUGUAAAAAUUGUAUUUGUUGCUACAGACAAAGAUCCGAUGCUUGAAAAAUUACAAAGGCACCUGAAAGCACAAAAGGUUCAAGUAUUUCAUUAUGAUCCAUGGCUGCCACAACUUGAUCUUGCCAUCUUGGAAAAAUCAAAGCAUUUUAUUGGAAAUUGUGUUUCCUCUUUCAGUUCAUUCGUUACGCGAUCAAGGAUAAGAAUAGGAAAACCAAGUUCUUUCUGGGGUUAUAGUUCAGAAGAAAAAAAGGAGAGAUUAAAUUCAGAUUUAUAA